AUUGUAACAAACCUGUAAGAAAGUAACUAACAACUAACCUAGGCUAACAACUGUGGCAAAGAAAAUUAUGUAUGAUGACAGAGACAGGUGAAGCUACAAAAAAAGUCAAGCACAAAAAGAAGAAACAGGAGAAGGAAAUUGAAAAGACAAAACUAGAGGAUCUACCAUAUGAUGAACAUUUGAAGGGCUUGCAAGAAUUGAAAGAGUUGGCACAGAAUGAACUCUUUUCCGGUUCCAAAGUGUCAUAUAAGAAUAAAAAGGCUGAACUGAAGCUAGAUGUAGAGCCAGUAAUUUCAAACACAGAUGAUGAUCUAUUGAAAAAUAUUGAAAUCAAUAAAGAUCUGACAGAAAUUAUUAGAAUAGACGUUAAUGGUCACAAAGACAACAAAGAAAACAUAAAAACAGAUAUUGCUGAUGACGUAAUGUCCAGUGUUUUUCAUGAAUCUGAAAAUGAUCUCUACAGUGCAACUGAACCUAAUAUUAACAUUGUCAUUAAAGAGGAACUGGAAAAUUUUAAAGAAAUAGUUAGCAUUGGUAUUAUCAGUCCGACUGCUCCAGAACUUGAUGAUGCAGAUGAAUUAGGUUUCAAUGUAGGAUGUUUGUAUCCAAAGUUGUCUCACGUGGAGAAUGAGUCGGAACAAUUGGAACCAUUCACUGAAGAGCAGCUGAGGACAUUAUACUGCAAUGAAUGGCUUCAACUUGCUGAUGGCUUCAUUGAAAAGUUUUAUAAUGAUUCCACAGACGACAGCAAGCAUGAAUUUUUUCAUUUGGUGAAUGAUUACAAGAUGGCCAGGCACAAAUAUUUGAUGCUGAAACAAGAUAUUCACGGUCUAAAGAAAGAAGUUCAACGAUUGAAAAGUCUGGUAUGGCAAGUGAACUCCACGACAACCUCAUUGAAAGGCAGGUGCAAAGAUGAUUCGGUUGUGACAGGAGAUGUCACAUACGAAACAAUUUCACUAAACGAAGGGAUGGCAUUGGAACACAAGGCUGCACUCGACCACUUGAAGGAUGCAACACACCACAUGGCCCUGACUGCUUUCAGAGUGCAUCUAUACAGAAUGAGAAUAGAGGACUACAUACGCAAGUUCCACGACGACCACCCUGGUCUCCUCAACGUACCUCGUAAUCUGCCUGUUCAAUUUAAAUCAGAGGUGGACGUUGCAGACGAUGUUAAUAAUGAUGCUGUGAAGUUGAAAGAACUGAUUAGCGUGUUGUUUGCGUUUGAGAGGAUGAGUGUGAGGGACGAGGAGUUCGUCAGGGACAUUCGGACGUGGCUCACCAAUAUGGUCGGUUACUCAUUUUGA